GGAGAGCUUCGGAGAUACGUCCAGACUGACUCGGACUACUGCAGGUACUUCUUCUGAGCUUGUCUUACUUGGAGCAUUUCAGUCACCCCCGCUUAGUCUUCGUCUCACUCAUUCAUUGAAAACAUACUGUGCCUACCGCCUAACCGCCAAGAUGAUCAACGCCGUCCUAGUGUUCAACAACAACGGUCAACCCCGUCUGACCAAGUUCUAUACUCAAAUUGACACCCAAACCAAACAAACCCUCAUUACCCAGAUCUACAACCUCGUCGCCCAGCGGCCCCCAAGCGCCUGCAACUUCCUGCCCCUCCCGCCGCUGCUCUCGCGCGGGGCCAGCGCCAGCGCCGCCAACGGGCCCUCGGACGCGCCCACCCAGAUCACCUACCGCACCUACGCCACCCUCUCCUUCAUCAUGAUCUCGACCUCGACCGAGUCGCCCCUGGCGCUGAUCGAUCUGAUCCAGGUCUUCGUCGAGGCCCUGGACCGCAUGUUCGAGAACGUCUGCGAGCUGGAUCUCAUCUUCGGGUACGAGACCAUGCACGCGGUGCUGGGCGAGAUGAUCGUCGGCGGCGUGGUGGUCGAGACCAACAUCGAGAAGAUCGUGGCCGGCCCCCCUAAGUCCGGAAAGAAGGUUGCCUCCCUCCCUUACCCCCAGGGUAAGGCUGGUUCCAAGAAGGCCGCUAAGAACCCUCUCAUCGAGAAGCGUUCCCGCAACUUCGGCAUUGGCCAGGACAUCCAGCCCAAGCGCAACCUGAGCCGCUUCGUCAAGUGGCCCGAGUAUGUCCGCCUCCAGCGCCAGAAGAAGAUCUUGAACCUCCGCCUCAAGGUCCCCCCUUCCAUCGCCCAGUUCCAGAGCACCCUGGACCGCAACACCGCCGCCCAGACCUUCAAGCUCCUCAACAAGUACCGCCCCGAGACCAAGGCCGAGAAGAAGGAGCGUCUCCACGUCGAGGCCACCGCCGUCGCCGAGGGCAAGAAGAAGGAGGAGGUCUCCAAGAAGCCCUACAACGUCAAGUACGGUCUCAACCACGUUGUCGGCCUCGUCGAGAACAAGAAGGCCUCCCUCGUCCUCAUUGCCCACGACGUUGACCCCAUCGAGCUGGUCGUCUUCCUGCCCGCCCUCUGCCGCAAGAUGGGUGUCCCUUACGCCAUCGUCAAGGGUAAGGCCCGUCUCGGUACCGUUGUCCACAAGAAGACCGCUGCCGUCCUCGCUCUCACCGAGGUCCGCUCCGAGGACAACACCGAGUUCUCCAAGCUCCUCUCCGCCAUCAAGGAGGGUUACACCGACAAGUACGAGGAGUCCCGCCGCCACUGGGGUGGUGGUAUCAUGGGCGCCAAGGCUGUCGCCCGCCAGGAGAAGAAGCGCAAGGCCGUUGAGGGUGCCAUCCGUGUCUAAGCUAGUCUCGUGUCACUAGAUCCCCAGAUACCAAACCAAAAAAGCUUAGUUAUGUGAACCGAAAAAAUUUCACUGCACUGACGGGUUAUCAAAAAAUCUCUUUAUACCCAAACGAAACCUUUCUCAAUGACGCGAUCUUCUACCUUUCCUCCUCCAUGUACAACCUUGCAGAUACCCCCUCAUGAAUGCUAUUUUCCAAUGACUUCUCAACCUUUC